AUGAAUAAAGAAGAACACCACAUCACCAGGGAGGAAGGAUCUGAAGUGAUUGACACAAAAGGUUUAGUUCCUAAAGUUGAGCCGAAGACGAAGAAAGAAGAACACCACAGCACCAGGAAGGAAGGAUCUGAAGCGAUUGACACAAAAGCUAUGUAUUUUUUUUCAAACCUGUUUAGUUCCAGAGAUUGUGCCCAAGACGAAGAAGGAGACAAAGACAUCACCAUAGAGAAAGGAUCCGAAGCGAUUGACACCAAAGCUACAUAUUUUUUUCCAAACAGAGAAUGUGCUAAAGACGAAGAAAGAAGAACACCACAGCACCAGGAAGGAAGGAUCUGA